UCCUCGAAACAAUUGAAGGCUUGAAGCUCUGCACCCAACAGUAAUCUUAGCUAUUUUUAGUUCUCUCUCCUCAAUCUCUAUCUCGUUCUUGCUCAGUCAUGGCUUCUACUUCGCUACUGCAAUCAACUUCCUCUUCUUUCGCCGGCGUUAGACUUCAUUGCCGGACCUCCGCCGCUCCUCGUGUCGGGUUAUCGUCGUUUACAGUCAAAGCGGCUGCAGGUACGGCGGUUUUCGUCGACAAGGCCGAAGCGGAGACGAUUAAUCGUCUAAAGACCAACUAUAUCGAGAAAAUGGUUCCUCUUCUGAAGGAAGAGUUCUCCUACUCCAACAUUCUCGAGGUUCCCAAAGUGGUGAAGAUUGUGGUGAAUUGCGGGAUUGGGGAUGCUUCACAGAAUGCCAAGGGUUUGGAUGCUGCAAUCAAUGAGUUGGCACUGAUUACUGGGCAAAGGCCAGUAAAGACAAAAGCCAAAACAUCCAUUGCAGGGUUUAAGGUCAGAGAAGGUAUGACGCUUGGGAUUGCAGUCACACUACGAGGAAAUCUUAUGUAUUCAUUUUUGGACCGUCUUAUCAACUUGGCACUUCCUCGAACAAGGGAUUUCCAAGGUGUAAACCCAAAUAGCUUUGAUGGGCAUGGGAACUACAGCGUUGGUUUCCGUGAACAAAGUGUUUUUCCAGAAAUUAAACCUGAGAUUGUUGGCAAGGCUAGGGGAAUGGAUGUUUGCAUAACAACAACAGCAAAAACUGAUAAGGAAGCCUACAAGCUACUGUCCCUUAUGGGAAUGCCGUUUAGAGAGGGCAGUGGACCGUCUACUCUCGUGCGCAAGAAGAAGUUGAAGUCUCACCACUUUGAUGCCAAAAAGGGGAGGAGAUACUAAGCUAGGGUCACUCUUGAACAUUCUUUUUUGUGAGUAUUUCUUAUGUAUCUACUUUUCUGGCAUUCCGUGUAACAAAACACUGAUGUUGUAUGAACAAUAUAUGUAAUAGCUUGUGCUAAUCAAUCAAUUUUCUACAGAGCCUGUUCUCUUUUGGUACAA